GUUACUAGAAGCUCGCCACUAUAGCGUAGUCUCGUGCUAGCGGUUGUUGAAGGAGAAAUAGGCUGUAGAAGUUGACAGUACUACGUCAGUAAUGUGAAACGCAGUCAAAAAACUGCCUAAUUAUUCCAUGAAGGCUAAAAAACGUUACUUUUUAGUUCUUAUUAGCUGUGCUUUUCUUUUGUUAUGUUAUUUCGGUGGGUAUCAUUUAUUGAAAAAUGGCGACAAGAAAACCAAAGAUUUUAAGCUCACGAAACACAAGGUUCGUGGUUAUUUGGAUACCCGAGAAUUAUACAGGGAUAAAGACUCGACUACUUCCUCGCGGCUUAGAAGAGAAGAAAGGCGAAGAAGUUCUGACACUCUCACGUGUAGUAUGGAUACAUGUUUUGAUUUUUUCCGUUGCCGUAAUGACUUUAAAGUGUAUAUUUACCCAACUAAGGAUAGUAUAUCACCAGCUUACCAAAAAAUCUUGAGUAUUAUUCAAGAAUCGAGAUUCUAUACAGAGGAUCCUAGUCAAGCAUGCUUGUUUGUUCUUUCUUUAGAUACGUUAGACAGAGACCACCUCAGUCCAGACUAUGUCAAAAACAUAAAGUUAAAGCUGUAUCAGCAGGCGAAGUACUGGGACAAUGGUAGAAAUCAUAUAUUAUUUAACCUGUACUCAGGCACGUGGCCUGAUUAUGUUGAAGAUUUGGGCUUCAAUGUUGGACAAGCUAUGGUAGCAAAGGCAAGCACAUCGGUAUCAAAAUUCAGACCAAAUUUUGACGUGUCCAUUCCCUUAUUUCCCAAACAUCACCCCAAAAAAGGUGGUGAGCGUGGUACUUUGACUUCAAAUAAUUUUCCCGUAAAUAAAAGAUAUACAUUAGUAUUUAAAGGUAAGAGAUACGUGCAUGGCAUUGGUUCAGAAACGAGGAAUUCUUUGCAUCAUAUACAUAACAAUAAAGAUAUAAUUAUUGUUACAACGUGUCGUCAUGGGAAGUCAUGGAAACAAAUGAAAGAUGAACGAUGCGAGACCGAUAAUAAGGAAUAUGACAGAUGGGACUAUCAACUAAUGAUGGAAAAUGCAACAUUUUGCAUUGUCCCCAGAGGGCGUCGUCUUGGAUCUUUUCGUUUUCUCGAGGCACUUCAAGCCGGCUGUAUUCCUGUCUUGCUCAGCAACGGUUGGGAACUCCCAUUUGGAGAAGUGAUUGAUUGGGGUAAAGCAACAGUCUGUACUGAUGAACGAUUGCUUCUUCAGGUCCCUGAUGUUGUUCGUUCAAUUAGUAAGACACGUGUACACGCGCUUCGUCAACAUACACAGGUACUGUGGGAGAAUUAUUUUUCGUCAGUUGAGAAGAUUGUAAUGACCACGCUAGAGAUUAUUAAAGAUAGAAUAAACUAUCACGUUGCGCGAAGCUAUUUUGUUUGGAAUUCCCAUCCCGGAGCACUUUUAUUACUUCCUCAGUUCUCGGAUGUACUACGAGACUUUCCUUUCCAUUGGCGCCACCUGGGAACAUCAUUAAAAUCUAAUUUCACAGCCAUUAUCUACGCCACAAUGCCCAUCGCAUCUGCUUCUUCUUCACUUUCACGUCUAAUCAAGAAUGUUGCCAAAUCUUCGUUUGCUUCAAGAAUUAUGGUUUUGUGGAAUGGAGAAACAGCGCCCCCUGUCGUUAGUAAAUUUCCUCAAGUUGCUGUUCCAGUCAAUAUCAUACAGCCGCCCCAAAAGACAAUCAGUUCCCGCUUUCAUCCACAUCUCCUUGUUCAAACUGAUGCCAUAUUGAACCUAGAUGAAGAUGUGGUUCUUUCCACAGAAGAGAUUGACUUUGCCUUCAAAGUAUGGCGGUCAUAUCCAGAGAGGAUUGUUGGAUAUCCUGCCCGAUCUCAUUACUGGGAUGAAAGUAAAUCUUGCUGGAGAUAUACCAGUAAGUGGACCAAUGAAUAUUCUAUUAUCCUUACUGGAGCUGCUUUCUACCACAGGUACUACAACUACUUAUAUACUUAUUAUCUGCACAGUGUACUGCACAAGACUGUGGAUCAAUCACAGAAUUGUGAGGAUAUUCUAAUGAACUUUCUAGUCAGCCAUGUGACCAAGCUACCACCAAUCAAAGUGACACAACGAAAGAAUUACAAGGAGAAUGUGGCAAUGGAUGGUAAGAUGUACCCAAUACCCUGGAAUGAUCCAGACCAUUUUAUUCAGAGGCAGGCCUGCAUGACUACCUUUGUUGAAAUAUUUGGAUACAUGCCAUUAAUUAGGUCAAGCCUUCGCUUGGAUCCAGUGCUCUUUAAAGAUCCUGUGUCCAACCUACGUAAACGGUACCGUAAACUGGAACUAGAAGGUGGGAAGUGAGGGUAGAAAAAAUAGGAAUUUUGAAGUGCCAUUACAAUGUUUCAAUAAAAAUGACCUUUAGAACUGUCUAGCUUAUGGAGCUAUUAAAAUUAUUAGAAGGGAAUUCUUGUCUGUGAAGAAGAAAGCAAUAAUAUAAAGCUGCUAAGCCUAGCUAAAUAACCCUCCAGCAAGGGUAAGCUGUUCAUUACAUGACACAUGAUAGUUUGACCAUAUCUUUCUUGAUUUCUCAGAGUACACCUUGGUCUAGAAUGAGUAAAGAACAACUCUGUAUAAUUUACCAGCUUAGCUAAGAUAGUUCUUGCUUUUUUUGUGAUGUUCAAGAUAACAUCUUGUAAUUCAAAAUCCACUAAAGCUAUACCCAACUUGCAGUGCAGGUUAAACUUAGUGCUUCAACCAUGCAGUAAAAUGAAGCAUAGCAUAGCUCAGUGUAGAGAGAAAUCUAUCAGCUGACUUAUCUACUCUGGAAAGAAAGGUUUGGUUUAUGUGGAAACAUCUAAAAAGCCUUAUGUCGUUAGAUUGGAGGAGUGCACACUUCUGAAAAAUGGUGGUCAUUCAUGAUGGUUUACCUGACAUUUGGUAUCAUCGGUAUGGAGUGAAUAUCGCUAGAUGAAAUUCAGCAUGACCUACCAAAGAAAUGUAGUUUGCAGCACAAAACUAAAAUUUGUUCACACACUGUGCGUCUGAAUAAAAUAUAAGUACUUAUGAUUUAAAUUUAUUAAAAUGAUCUCUAUUUUCUAAUUAAAUGAUUGUGUAUUUGGUGAACUAAAGAAAAUGCUCAUUUUUUUCACUUUUAAACAUGAUGUGAAUUUGUUUGUAUUGAGAGUUAGUUGGGCAAAAAUAUAUUAUGCAUCACAAUUAACAUGAUGAUGAUUUAAUGCAGCUGAUAUGUUUAAAUCUUAAGGACAAGAUAGAUCAUUUCAGAUGAUGAUAAUCCAAAAUCUUCAAAUGUUUUGCUAUGGAGAUGAAUCAUGCAAUUUAAAUUGGAAACAAAUCAACAUUUUAAGAUUAAUUAAUAAAAAAUCUAGUUAUUACCGACUAAGAAUUGGGUUAAUUUCAAAUGGCAGAUUAUUUCUUUUUGUCUUACAGAAUACUUCAUUAGCACAUAGAAAAUAAUAAUAAAUCUGAUUUUCCCUUAUGAUUCAUUAGUUUAUUCCAUUAUCAGAAGCUUUGACUUACCUAUUUUUUUUCUUCUUGUAAUAUACUUUACAAUUGAUCUGUUUUUUGUUGGUUUUUUUUUCAAGAUACAAUUGAUUCCUACAACAGAUUUCAAGCUAUUUCUGUUUUUAAAGGAAUGGGGCUGAAACAAAAAGUACAUAGAUCAAAAUUCUUAAGUUUUUUCGUACAUUAAGUUAAAUAAAAUAUUAAUGUAACUUAUUUCACAACUUUUAGCCUAGAAAUAUGAGCUUUGCCAUACAUGAUAAAAAAAAUAAGUUCAUAGAAUUACAAGCAUACUAGCAUUCCCAAGUACACUUGAUACGAUGUUAACUGUCACAUGUUCAAUAAACAACAAAGUUCUGAGUUGAAUAACUUAAUCAUGUUGGGAAACUGAAAAUAAUAAGCAAUGGAAAGUAUAAUUUUUGUACUUAUUAUUUCCGAGUUGGUACAUAGGGAUAUUUGAUUUUGUUAUAUUAAAGAAACAGUGAUGAUGCAUCCGUUUCUCUGGAAAGGCUUCACAAACAAGCAGCAGAAAGGCCCUUUAACAGUAAUUCAUUAGUUUCUGUACACAGAAGAAUUCACAUCAAGUUAAUCUUAUGUUACUAAAGAAAUACGUCAAGUUAGCUUGCGGUAAAUAUUUUUAAUCAAUAUUAAGUACAGCCUUAACUAAUGCUUUUGGGAUGUUUUGAAAUUAUGUUUCUCAUUUGUUUGUUUUAGUAUCAGUAAAAUUUUGUUUUUUAGUACUUAGUAGUACAUAUUUGUAUAUUUACGUUCAUUAAAAAAAACUUAUCUGAACUAAAGAUGACUCAUUUUCAGUGAUUCAACAAAAAUGAGUCUCAGAAAAAAUAAGUGGUUUGUAGAUUUAAUAGGCUCUAGAUACUUAAAAGUUAAACAUUUAUUCCAGGUGCUUAAAAGCCAAACAUUGUUUUCCCCCUGUUUGGAAUAGUGGAGAUUGUGAAUAAGUAGAAAUUGUUUGAAUUUUCACCUUAAAUCUGAGCUAUUCUGGAUAAUAUGUAUAGUUUUACAAUGAAUUUUCACCUUAAAAUCUGAGCUACCCUGGAUAAUAUGUAUAGUUUUACAGUG